AUGGUUCAAAUAACUAGAUCAGGAGCUCAACAACCGUCUCCAACUAAUCAGUCUUUGUCAAACAUGUCAAAAGAUGCCCGUCAGUCCACAACAUCACAAUCGAAAAAAAAAUCAAACAAACGUCCGGCUCCAGCCAAAUCGACUAGAGACAAAUCCAAGCGUAUUCGAGCAGUCGUCGAUCCGGAACCUAUCAAUACUCAGACAGCAACGAUUGACACUGAUGAUGACAAUAUGGACGAUGAUGAUUACACCCCUUCGGACAGGCUUGAUGAUAUCAAUGACGACGAUAUCAAUGACGAAAUGGAUGACCCUUUCUCUCUGCCUCCACCACUGCCUCCUCGCCCUGAUCUUGAGCAAACUCAACCUUCCUCCGGGACGCUUCCCCCUCCCCCUCUACAAAAUCCGAGAACAAAUGUGUCCGACUCGGAUUCUAGCUUACCCACCAUCUCCACUUACCAGCAAGUUGCCAAGCAAUGGCCCCAAACUCGAAUCUCAAAUUACACUCGGGGUAAGAAGCUUGAUAAUGUGGUCCCUGAGAAAAUUUUGGUCGAGAUGCAAGCUAUUCAAGAGCUCUAUCAUCAUCACAAGAAAAUGUUGGCAAUGAUGGGAAAUAUAAGUUUAUAUACUCUUAACAAAGCAAUUGGCGAGGUUGGAAGGAAACGAAAGCAGGAUGGGUUGCAUUUAUGGCUCAGUUAUGGUAUCGAUGCUCUCAAUUAUAAAAUGCCACGUUCAUCAGAGAUUGGUGCACUCGGUCAGCGAAACAAAGACCUUUCAACAAUGUGGAAGGCUUACCCGGUCGAGCGUCAGGAAGUUUUUCAGCCUCAUAUCUUCUACUAUUUAUCAGGCCUGCCUCAACCUCCACGAAAGUCUGACGACAAAGCUGAUCAUGAUGAAGAAGAAUUGAUUCAAAGCUUAAGUCCUGAGGAAAGAAAAGAAUUGCAGACUUUAUAUGAUGAGAUGGUAUGUGUUGAAAAGGUCGCAACUGUUUAUGCCAAAGUGGCUGCUGGGAAUCCAAUAGGCAAUUCGCUCCCUGAAUUCAACCGAAAGUCGCUCAAAUGUGUUAAACAGUUGCACGAUCAAAUCCACAACGAGUCCAACAAUAUGUGGUUUGCAUACUAUUUUAUUGCAGCUGCUACUCACGCAGCCUCCGAUGGUAAAUUGGCGGAGCCUGGAUGGUGCAAGGAAUACACCUCUCACAAGGAGAUGGCCAACUACGUUGUAAACAAGGCCAACUUUCCAAGGAUGUUUGCGACUCAUGUGCAAGGCCUGGCGGUUACUGAAGUGGUUUCACAACAGAAUGGAAAGGGUACUAAGGCUGCCACAAAGACAAUCACACCUACCGAUUGUGUCAAGGGAGAAUUAUCUGCUGGUUUGCGUCAGGAACUAAAUCAACAGAAUGAUUACUUAAUGCUAGUCCUGCUAAGGGAUUUCCUUGUGGCCCAACCCUCACGAUCUUCUAAAAAAAAGGUAUCCUCGGUUCAGGAUUGUUCAGCAUCCUGGGUCAAAGCUUACGCCUGA